CCUCUUAGAAUGACGUGUGAAGCUAAAAACUUGUCAAUAUGGCAGCAGACAGAACUUCACUCUUCAAAGCAUCAAUUAAAACAGUUCGGACAAGAAAUAAAGCUCUUGGAGUUACCAAAGAUACUUCUAAGUCAUCCCUCUUGAGUCAUGCAAAACCCAUGAAAGAUGAUUUUGCUUUAAAGGCAAAAGAAGUGGUUAUCACAAUCUCCAAGCUGAAAGAUUUUUUGCUUGAACACAGGAAGCAAUAUAUCAAUGCUGCAAGUCAUCUUGUGAAUGAUGGCUGUCACAUGUCAGAUGCUGAGAGAGAUCAGAUAGACUCAGACGCCCAGGAUUUUAUGCGAACAUGUACAGAUACGAUAAGGUUGCUCAAGGCAGAAGCUCAUCGUCAGAAUGUCCCUUCCCAAGUGAGACAACAUAGAGAAGCAGUGUUUGAACUCAUCGAUGAUUACCUGAAAGGUGUAUGUAAGCUGUAUAGCGAACAGAGGGCAAUUAGAGUGAAGCGUGUUGUUGACAAGAAACGCAUAUCAAGACUGAGACAGGAAGGACCCUCAGCUCGGUUGAAUCAACCUGUUUCUAACAAGGAAGAAGAGAAGUUAAAAAAAAACCCAGCAUUUGACCUGAAUCUAACAAGUCCAGAAGAUGAAGAAGAUGAUGACCUAUCACCAGAUGAGAUAAGAAUGUUUCAACAAGAAAAUGAGAGGUUAUUCAAUGAUAUGAACUGCCUCGUGGAUGAAGUAAGACAAAUUGAGGGCAAAGUCGUUGAGAUUGCACAACUCCAGGAGAUUUUCACUGAUAAAGUCCUCCAACAGAGUGCAGACAUUGACAGGAUUGGGGACACGGUGGUGCACACAACAGAAAACAUCACAGCAGCUAAUCAAGAUAUAAGAGAAGCAAUCAAGAAUAAUGCUGGCAUGAGAUUAUGGAUCCUCUUCUUCCUGGUCGUCUGCUCUUUCUCUCUCCUCUUCCUUGACUGGUAUAGCUAGCGAACACCAUCAUUUACCAAUAUGUAAUCUCUUCAUGCCAAUAAAAUUCAAAAUAUAUAUCAAAGUUUGCUCAUCUCUGAAGGUGUCCAAGACUGUAUACAUUUCAUUUGCUUGGAAGGGGGAGGGAUACAAAUUAUCUUUGAGUCCCCAUUUUAGUGAAAAAUUAUUUUGGUCAUCGAUUAAAGAGUGGAGGGUUUGAGUAGCAGUGAUUGUAAAAGUCAAGGAGCUUUUGAUAACUUAACCCUUUGCCUACUGGAAGCGAAUGGUCCCUGUACAUGGCCUAUUGGGAUUUUAGAAUGCAGUAUUCCAAAGGUUAAACCUGUUGCCCACUGCUAUUACAAUAGCCCAGCACAACGACUGCGUGUAACAUUGAGAAUUACAGAAUUCUGUAGUCAACAGGGGAACAAGGACAAAGAGGAUAGAAUGUUUCACCAAAUUCUGUGUUUCUAAGAUACCAUCAUUGCUUUAAAUGCUUUCACUAUCUUAAAAGGAGUUACCAUCACGUGUCUACAUCUAUGUACCCCUACAGGCCACCGCACACCUUCGCUUGGCCUGCAACCCUAUUUCGUAAUAAAGUGUAGUAAAACUGAUGCGAAUAUUGAGACAUGGAACAUCUAAAUCAUCAUACAAAUACUUCUAAUCAAAUAUGCGCAUAUGCUACCUUCCUUAUUAGAAUAAAAGUGAAUUGAAUAUCUAGUCGUAAUGAUGUCAUAUCAAUCGUAUGAUUGGCUACGAUUUGAAACUAAUUUGGCCCUUACUCAAAAUAAAGGCUUGCAAUCAUCUCAUAAUUUUUGUAUGAGUAUUCUUACAGUCAAUUUGAACCUAAAAUUAAAAAGAAAAAAAUAAAUUCACAUUUUCAGGAAGAAAUCUAAAUGCAAUAAGUUCCAUAAUUGGAUCAGUCGUACAAAGGUGUGUGGAGGCCUCAUUAAAUUUGUGCCGUGACAUUACUGUUGACCGUAUUGAGGGUACGCUUUCAUAGUCGUCUGAUAAAACCUAAUGUAAAAUCAUUAGAGACUCAUUACAUUACAUGUAGUUGAUGGAGGGAGGGGGGAAGGUGGAAGUCCACACAUUGGUAUUCAUUUCAUCAUCCUCUCUCUUUAUUUCUUUUUGAAAACUUUCUCAUGACCUUUUAAAG